AUGGAGCUUAUGUCGUCUACUUCAGAGGAGACCUGCGAGUUAUGGAACGGCGACGAUAUGGUAAGAUGUCAAGGACUUGCCCCUGUGAAAGAAUUCAUUUGCCUCUUACCCCGAAACAUUCCUUCUUCCGAAAUAAAACGGGUACGCAUUAUUCGCUUGAAGGAUGAAGAAAACAACCCUAACAGAGUAAUUAAACGACAAGAGACACAUGAGAAAGGAGUUGUCCAGGUUAUAGUCACCCUCAAAGAAGGGAUCAAACGUCUUUGGGUUGCUCUUUGGUCGCGCAUCUCUUCCACCGAUGUAGCGGCCUCCACAACAAUACCGUUACAUCACCUACCACACGAAAAUCUUCCGCAAAUAGGAGAGCCCGAAAUAGUCAUACUUCGCAACACCACGACGCAAGCUCCGAACAUCACUUUAAACCGCCAUAACAAGGUUACUCGACGACACCUAUACAUAGCAGCAGUCUUUGGGGUCGCUGUACAGGUGGCAGUUUUAAUCUAUUUUGGGCUCAUCACUUAUUGUUAUCCUUCGAAGUUCAAAAAGGAAGACAAAGCUGUCCUCGGUUACGCCUUGCCUUUCUCUGCCGCUGGUACUGUUCUUCUUGUCACAGGGAUAUUUCUAUGUGCACGUGUUGUUGAUCGGAGCACCAAUGAGGUGAGAUACGAGCCUACUCAGGGCUAUGAGGUCAAAAUGGUUUGGCUCCAGUCAAAACAAACAGUGAGUGACCAGGUCUUCAAGUCUUUCGCUCUGUAUCCAGAAGAAUGCCCGCAGAUAAUUACAACAUCACAACGCCACGGGCUAAGAAAAGAAGAUAAGGGAAAAGAAGAAUCUACCACUCAGCGCAAAGAAGUCUCUUCAAUCAAUCUCUCCGUGUUCGGAACAGGCAUAUCACUUGCGGGGUUCUUCGUACAAUUUGUAGGUCUGAGAGCGAUGCAUUGGUCGGCAUCAGUUGCUCAAUUGACAGCGAUCUUGAUCAUGACUGCGGUCAGAGCCUUUGUUCGCCGAGGAUUUAUUGCGCCUAUUCGCGAUGUUUCGUUGAAGGAGGGAUUUGAGUUAGAUGGACUUGCCAUGGCAUUGGGUCAUACAGAUCCAAAAUUAGACUCCGGAUCAGACGACAAAAAAGCAAUUUUCGACUUCGGAUUAUCAAAUAGCGGAAGCUGGACAGUGAUGAUGAAUCAAGUCGAUACUCCCGACGAUUCAUUACAUGAUGGAGUCCAACAAGCCAAUGCCAAUACCCCGGGAACCAGAGCGAGGAGGUCAGGUGUGCGAACGCCUCUCACUGAGUCCAGUAUAAUCCGGACGAACAACAUCGCCCAGAAUGUCUUAAGUCUGCGAACGAAUCUUGCACAACUGGUUGACUGGAGAGGGCCAGCAUCUACAGAAGCAACCCAACUUGCAGAGGCCAUAGAGGCGACAAUGGACUCACUCUUUCCAAAAGAAGGACCUGAUCAGUUUUCAUGGACCAUAAAAGUCAAAGCAUCAGAUGACAAAGGCUCUGACAGAAUAUAUCCAGUUGUCUUGCAUAUCAAGCGCAUUGAGGGGCAUUGGAAGUGCCGCGUUGAUGAACUCGAUUCUAUUCUUUCUUUGUGGCUAUGUUCGGUCGACGAGCAACGGCGGUCACCUACCGCAAAGCUCGGUGACUCAGCCCCAAAAAGCGCUCCGCAACAGGAUAAUGACGAAUGGUUUCGCAAGAAGAGCUCAGAGACUAGGGGUGGCCUUGUACUCAUCGGGCAGCUGACUGACGAGCUUACUCGGUACUUAAAAUGGUGGAUGCCUAUCGACUGGUCCGCUAAGUUUUCGAUUGAGAACCACGAGUCUUUAGCAAAUUGGGACUCGUGGAGAGUUGUCGGAUCAAAAGGAACAGACCACCCCAACAGCGAGUCUGCUGCUAGACUAUUUGAGAACAGCUCAUCCGACGAUCCACCCUACGCCCUGCUCCAUCAUUUAUUUGAUGAAUCAGACAACUAUUUAUCAGAUAAAUGUCACCAUGACUUAUUUUCUAGAAGCUCAACCGAUGAGCGGGCCUUAAAUUUCAUUGCCAUUCAAUCCUAUGAAAGUCUAGAACGACUUUACGCGCACCACAUAUUCUAUGCUCUUGUAUGGGAGGCUGUAAAGAAGAUGGAUAGCGAUGUUCGGUAUCAUCCAGAACUAGACCCAUCCAGCUCUCUAGACACUCGAGAUUGGGACACUCUCCGUUUACAAUGUACUGAUCUGUCUAAGCUCGCCCGAGCUAUUCAGACCACAGGCCUUAUGGACUUGCACAGCGCAUACCAUGCACUCAUCCCACCUCUUCACUGUUAUGCUAAGUUCGGAGAGCUCGAAUGCGUUGUCGAGAUGAUGUUUGAAAAGGCAAAGAAACAAGAGCGGUUACUGAAUUGGGCCUCCGGGUCUGAAUGCUAUGAGCAACUAUUUCUUCUCUCAGGACACUUUCGUGUGGAUAGCUAUAUUUACACCAAGUCAGUGGCAUUGAUGGUUGAAUACAUUCGAGCCAUUCACGAUAUGCUAAAACUUGUUCUACCUAAGGAUACAGAAAGGGAACAGUUCAGUACAGCCAGGCAAGCUGCCGAGAACCUUUCAUCAAUUGUAAAGCAGAAAGUUGGUUCUCAAAUUUUGAAUCAUUUGAGGAAUCUAUAUUCCCUCCAAUCCAAAGAAAGAUGUACGUGGAGUAACAGCGCGGCCUUCCCCAAUCAUCAAUCUUUCCCAGUAAAGAAUAAGGAGAUCAAGUAUUGCAACUUGACGAAACUGCAUCACUGGAUUACGGGCUCUCUCAAGAAUUCAAAUGCUAGGAAUUUACGGCCAAGUUGGGGAAUAACCUACGCUGCGCCUAGUCGAUUACCUAGCAGCCUCCGCCAGUACGUCAACACUCCUGAUAUUCUGGGUUGGACGCCACUCCAUUAUGCAGUCUCAAGCAACCUCGACAUAGCAGAUCUUUGGGUAAUGCGUUUGAUGAAAGAAGAUGUAGAUGUAAAUGCCACUGACAUCCGCGAAUAUACUCCGCUUCAUUAUUGUUUGAUGCACACCCGGGAGGGGGCUAAGAGAUACUUACUCAAGAGGGGCGCAAACGUCAAAGCGGUAGGUGUUGAUGGUAUGACUCCAUUGCAUCUCGCAGUAUCCUCCCAGCACCAUCUGAGAUUAGGACGCCUAUUGUUCAACCCCAGACAACCUGCGGAUCAAUUUGCUAUAGAUAAUCUGGGUAGAGCUCCUAUUCACUUGGCAGCUUUGACAGCAACGGACAAUGCUAUCGAGCAACUUCGAAUAAGUAUAGGGGCAAGGGACAAAGAAGGUAGAACAGCACUGCACCUCGCUGCUUUCAGCGGCCAUUGGAAAACGGUAGCUAAGCUCGUUGGCUACGGUGCAAGCCUUGAUGAACCUGCUGGGGUAGGAGACACAAUGCUGCACUGGGCAGUGGCAAAGAAAGACUUUAGAGCUGUCGAUGAGCUUCUUCAUCUUGGGGCAAACGUCAAUCUAAGGGACUCCACGGAUUGGCCGCCUUUACAUGUAGCAUGUUUGCCGAAUCGCGAGGGCAUCGCUCGCCUAUUGAUUGAAAAUGGUGCUGACGUCAAUGCGACAAAAAGCGCUCACGAGACUCCGAUUAUGGUCGCUAUCAGACAAGGCUCUGUCAAAGCGGUUAAUCUGCUGCUGAAGAGUUCAAACCUCGAAUUGGAGCAUCGGAGCAGGCUCUGCACGCGAAAAGUCUCCGCGCUGACUCCUGAGAAACGCGACCACAAAAGGGCCCGAGAUAGAGAGGCACAAAGAAACAUCCGCGCCCGCGCAAAAGAAUACAUCGAUCGGCUGGAGAAAGAACUUGAACAACUGAAGAGCCAUGAAUGGCGAGAUCGCACCAUCCAAGACCUUUUACACCGCAACGAAGCUAUCGAGAGAGAAUUGCUAGAAUUGAAGGCAACCAUCAAGCUUCUUGAGAAUGCCGUACCUUACGACAGUUCAAUCCCCCACCACACACAACUACGAGAACCAGUUGGGUACUCGACACUACCUUGGGAAGUCAACAGCCUUCUCGCAGGGGGCGAAGCCAGUUGUUCCCCUCAUGGGUCCCAAUUUCCCAUGAACCACAAAAAUAUCCUCACUCAUUGCGCUCCACAACAAUACCCUUCUUCCAAUGAUCAGGAAGACUCAGGAAAUAGCCCUUCCUACCCUGUGUUCCCUGUCAUGUCCGGCUUAUCCCCAGCUAGCUAUACCGUUAGCUAUCAUCCAGCUAGUUUUUAUACUACAAUGGCUACUUCGAAUGAUGGUCACUGUCAGAGCAUUGAGGGCACAUACACCGAGCACACGGUCUGA